AUGGCCUCGCGAGGCGCCGCAACCAAGGCAAACGAGGCGGCUGCUCUCCUGCAGCGCGCCAAACCCGGUGUCAAGCCCAGACAACGCCUAACAACUAAACCAGCGGGCACAAAAGGGUCAAAACCAAGCAGCAGCAGUCCGUGGCAGAAUGUCCAUCAUGCCCAAAAAGCUUCUGUUCCUGUCCAGGGCAGCCCAAUGUCGCCACGGCUAAUGACCAUAUUUGGCGUGAGCAUAAUCGGCAUAGGCACGUAUUGUGGCUAUCUCUAUUCCUCAUACCGACAAGCAGUCGUGCAAUCACAGACCAUGCAAACCCCAACGGACGUAUCAGACCGAUACGACAAAACAGCACCUGGCUACGACGACGAAGUCGCCCUGGGCGAAUGGUUUAUGGGCCUGGGCAAACGACGAAAAGAGCUGAUUCGCGUGGCGCGCGGCGACGUGCUCGAGGUGAGCUGUGGCACGGGACGCAAUAUGCAUUACUACCAAUUGGGCGAAAAGCGAGGGCUCGACGAGCAAGGUCAUUCAGAGGUUCAGGGUUGUCGGUCAGUCACGUUUGUCGAUCUGAGUGCGCCGAUGGUGGAGAUUGCGCGACAAAAGUUUCGUUCGCUGUAUCCGGGGUUUGAGCAAGCGGCGUUUCGGACGGAUGAUGCUCGGACGAUGAUGGUGCCAUCUACUACUGCUAUUACUUUACCAGAAAAUCAGACAGAGUGGAGGUAUCGGCGGCCUCAUUUUGAUACAGUGCUCGAAACUAUGGGUCUCUGCUCAACGCCAGACCCUGUCGGGCUGCUGCGGCAUCUCGGUAGCAUCACGGAGCCCAAACGCGGGCGUAUUUUGUUGUUGGAGCACGGGCGGUCUGACUACGAAUGGGUGAAUACGAUCCUCGACAAUCUGGCGUCCCUGCACGCGGACCGGCAUGGCUGCUGGUGGAAUCGCGAUAUUGGGCGGAUUGUCGAGGAGAGCGGGCUGGAGGUGGUGGAAAUUAAGAGGUAUCAUCUGGGGACGACGUGGCGGGUGGUGUUGCGGCCGGUAAAUAGAGAUUGA